AUGGCAGCCAAGCUGAAAAUAUUAGAGGACAAGCUAGCUGCUCAUUUAAAGGCCGAGAGGGACACAAAGAGGUCGCAAGAGCUUUGGGCAGCGGGAGCCUCUCUAUUGGCCGCCACGAAGAAGGGCUGUCCAUGCGUCAAGGUCGACAGACAACUGAAAGCUAUACAGAAGGCGUCUGGGGACGAAGACAAACUUGUGACGACUAUAAUGAAAACCAUACCCAAAGCGGCAUGGGAAAAGGGAGUGGUCACAGAAAGUGUUCUUAAAGAGCAAUAUUACAAGAUGGAAAAAAUCGCUCUCAAAGUGUCGUUGGUGGAGCAAGAAGGCUCGCCUCUGCCGGUUUCCGGUAUUCCCCAAAUAGAGGUUGACAAACCACCCAAGGAGCCGUCAAAAGACUUGGACACCUUCGAUCUGCUACAAAGGGCACGUUUUUGGAUAGAGAGGGGCGAUCUCGCGAUGGCUCUGCGGUACGUGGCCUCCUUGGAAGGGGCUUCCCUUGUGGCGGCUGAGACAUGGCUGAAGGCGGCGCGUACGUAUCUCGAGAUCCGGCAAGCGGCAGAGGCGGUGGUCGCUCAUGCGGCGGCCCUGGGACUACAGUACAUU